ACAUGUCGCAUCACAAGAAAAAGAAACCUCCUGCAUUUGUAAAAUACGGUCGACCAAUAGUGCAAAUCCCCUAUCGAUAUAUUCACCUGAUAGCAACUCUCACGGUCAUCUAUCACCUCUGCACGCUUGGUUUUCUCAUUGAGCUGAUAAACGUCGCGCACCAUUUUAAGGCGCACAUUGGUGACUAUUUAAAUAUUAUCGUAGAGAAUGGCUACGUCAUGGUUUACGUUCUCUACAUCUCAUCAAUUCUUGGUAUUAUCAUGAAUAUCUUCAUCGCAGUUGUUGCAUUUAAACUAGUCUCACAUGUUGGCAAAUUAUUCUACUGGCUUUUAUUCGUAAGCGUUUUACUCGCAGUAGUAAUGAUGAUAUUCAUUCUGGGCCUAAUAUUUUAUAUGUUUUCAUAUGCAUUUAGCAGGAAUCCUGAAGGGAUGGAUUUUUUCUAUACUUCAAUGAGUAAUUAUUCAACGGAUGGACUAACAAAAACACGUCUUGAUAUCAUGCAAAUCGAGUUGCAGUGUUGUGGCGCUCGUAACUAUACAGAUUGGUACGCUGUGAACUGGUAUGAUACUAAUUUCGUUAAAUUAAAUUCGAUGAAUAUAAAAUUAGUCGGAGAAGUACCCUUCAGUUGUUGCAAUAUUCGCACAAUAUUCCCUUGUAUUCACCACGGUAUUGAAUCCGGCAUUAACGAUUACAAAUAUGAUGUUCUCCAAAACUUUAGUAUAAACAUGGACGGAUGUUGGAGUGUAAUGGAGCGCCGUAAAACAAAAUCGGGUCUAAGCGUUGCUGGAUAUUUAUUUGGUCAAUUAGUGUUACUUAUUAUUGGUUUUAUACCGUUGCGAUUACUGCAAACCGCGAGCAAUGAAAAACGCGGCUUUUCGUUGGAGGGUCACACGUAUACUGGUUGGUUGUGGGGAUUUUAUGUGGGAGGCAAAAGACAUACUGGUGACGAGAAUCAGUAAAAAUCUUUUAUCAAAACUAAGUCUUAUCUUAAAAACAAGUUUGUUUAUCACUACCCAAGAAUACUUUCAGUGUAUUUUGCGUUAGUGAACGCAUCAUAGGAAUGAGAACGUUGGAAUUGUAAAGUACGCAGAGAAUAAUGUCGUUUGAUUUGAGCGCGUGACAUUUGUGAUAUUCCGAACACCAAUAAGUUUCAGUGGCUUCAGUCUGCGUUAACUGAUUAUCUUUUACCGAUUCCGUAUUGGCGUUCGCAAGGAAAUGAUCAGAAAUUGUUUGGUAGUAAAAUGUGCGGAGAAUAUCAAGACGAUGCGAUGACGCCGACUUUUUUGACGCUUGUGGAACCAGUUUUGACAUCAUGAACUUACCAAACUUUACAUUGAUCAUCAGCAAACUGAAUAGAACAUUGAAAUAAACUGCCUAAAUAAUUAAAAUACCUCUAGCUUACCCUAAUAUAUUAGAGUCGAGGACCCAAUCCGGCGAAUCUGGAAAAUUACGGGGAUGACACUCAGCUGCAGCUUCAAGCACGUCCAGAUUCGACUUGAAACAUUGCGCGGCAGAAUGCUCAAUGUCUUCUAACGCUGGAGUAGGGCCACACAGGUUGCAUACUUGAAUGUCGGGACUUAUCGUAACCGCAACGAAUCGAAAUGCAACCUAUAGGCAACCCCAGGAACGAAAACAUUCAAUAAUGAAUAUAAAAACUAUAAAACAAAACAUUUGAACUAGUGUUAUACUUACAUUUGGACUUUUGUAAGGUAAAAACACAGGAAUGUCUUUUGAUGUCAUAGUAUUUUCAAUAGUAGCCAAAUUUGCAAGCAAUUUAAGUUCAAUUGGAUGCAAACUCCACCAGUCUUCAGUGGCAGCAGCAAUCUUACCAUUAAUCAACACACAACAAUACACAGAAUCAACACAUUCAGUAUAUGAAUCUAAUACAAUCUAAAAAUCAAGUUUAUAUAACACAAAUUUUCAAUUAUUAUGAAAAAAAUAUAUACCUGUAUCAAAUGA